AUGUCUCUUGCUGACAAGGCUCACCAAUGGGAGAAGAGCCUGCCCCAUGGUACAACCACCACAUGGGAUGAGUGCAAGAAGGCGUUUCUUGCAAAGUUCUUUUCAACUGGGCGCACAGCCAAGCUAAGGAGUGAGAUCUCAGGCUUCACUCAGAGGAACAAUGAGUCUUUUCUCUCGACACUCUAUAGAGGAUGUUUGCCUAGAUACAGAGAGAUGCUAGACAUAGCCAGGAAUGAAAACUUUCUCAAUCAGGAUGUAGAUGACGGCUGGCACCUUGUGGAGAACAUUGUUAACUCAAAAGGGAGUUAUGGAGAGGAGUAUGACCGCACAAACCGGAGCUUGACCCACCACUCGAGUCAGAUGACAAACUGA